AUGGCAGGCUUCAUCCAGAAACUUGGAGGCUAUCCUCGUCUGCUACUUGCAGGAAAUCCCACAACACGCGACAUAGGCACAUUGUUACUCGGAAUCAUAAGUUCAAUAGCAGCUGGAGUACCAUUUCCAAUCAUCGGUAUCCUGUUCGGUCAACUUCUGGAUGACUUCAACGCUGCGACUUGCGACCAAGCAACAGAUGCUGGAGAUGGCGACCAAGGAAGCAUCAACAGCACUAUUCUGAUCAUCUUCUACCUGGCAAUUGCUCAAUUCGUCUGUAUCUACGUGCAUUUGACAUGCUGGACUCUGAAUGGUGCUAGGCUAGCACAGAGACUUCGUGAGAGCUAUCUCCAAAACUUGCUCAGACAGGAGCCAUCAUUCUUCGACAAUCUACCCCCAGGAGAGGUCGCAUCCAGACUCCAUGGAGACAUCCAGACUAUCCGCUCUGGUACCGCUGAAAAGGUCGGCAUCUGUCUUUCCAGUCUAUCCUUCUUUGUCACAGCAUAUAUCGUAGCAUUCAUCAAGGACUGGAAAUUGGCUGCAGAAUUGCUUUCUCUGAUUCCGGCUUACUUCAUCAUGUCCAUUGUUGGAAGUCACUACAUCGAGAAGUACUCUGGUAUGGUCUCUGACUAUGCUGCAUCUGCCGCAUCUAUUGCUUCCGAGGCGCUGAAUAACAUCAUGGUUGUCCAAGCUUUUGGUGCCAACGCUCGCCUGGAAAAGAAGUUCUCGGAUGCCCUCAGAUCAUCUGAGCGCGAAGGUAUUAAAAAGGCUACUGCUGUCGGUAUCCAAAGUGGUGUCCUGUACUUUGUCGCAUAUGCUGCCAACGGUCUUGCUUUCUGGCAAGGAAGCAAGCGUAUCGCAGACUCGGUUGAGGGUAAAGCUGGAGGCACCACUGUGGGUGCCACUUUCACCGUCAUCUUCAUCCUGAUUGAAGCUACUCUGCUUCUCAGUCAGGUUGCACCUUUUGUCCAUCUUUUCUCGGCAGCUGUUGGUUCAUUCAACAAGCUCCGUGGAGACAUCGACCGUGAACCUCUAAUCGAUGGACACACCAAGUCCGGUCUUGCACUUCCUGAAUCUGGAGUUGGUUUCGAGUUCAAGGAUGUCUCAUUUACAUACCCAUCAAGACCCGAAAUCACCGUCCUCGACAAGAUCAGUCUCUCGAUUCCCGCCAACAAGCAUACCGCACUCGUCGGCCUCUCUGGUAGCGGCAAGUCGACUAUCGCUGGCCUAGUGAGCAGACUGUACGAUCCUACCGAAGGUCAGAUCACAUUUGACGGCCAGGACGUCCGUACGCUCAAUGCUCGCGACCUUAGAAGCUUCAUGAGCUUAGUCCAGCAGGAGCCCUCGCUUCUUGAUCGCUCUCUUCUCGAGAAUAUUGCGCACGGUCUGAUCAACUCCAGCGAUCCCGACCACGCACACUUCAGAGACAUCCUCCUCGGCUCUGACCUUGCAGACGUUGCUGCAGAAAUUCGUGAAGGCACCGACCUCAUGGCUGCGGCAGAGAAGCGCGGCCCAGCUGUCGUCGAAAUCACCGUCUUGGUCAAGAGAGCUGCGACACUUGCAGAUGCAGAUCAAUUCAUCGUUGCUCUUCAACAAGGCUAUGGUACAGUCGUUGGCUCCAGCGGACGUCUCAUCAGUGGUGGUCAGAAGCAGCGUAUCGCUUUAGCGAGAGCUCUUGUCAAAAACCCUGCUGUGCUAAUUCUCGAUGAAGCCACUGCCUCUCUUGACUCAAGGAGCGAGCAACGCAUUCAGCGUGCAAUCAAUAGCAUUACCAGCGGAAGAACUGUCAUCACUAUUGCUCACCGUUUGGCCACUAUUACUGCUGCAGACAACAUCAUCUGCAUGCACAAAGGACACAUUCUUGAGCAGGGUACUCAUUCCGAGCUGAUGGUAGCUGGUGGAACCUACGCCGACAUGGUCAAGAUGCAGACUCUUGGAAACAUGUCGGACUCAAAGAAUGCCGGCGUUGGCACCGAUAGCAUCAGUGUGUCUGAUCGCACCUCAAUUGGCGAUAUCGAGAAGAAGAGCAUGUACGAAGACGAGAUGAACGCCGAGAAGGCAGAGUUGUCGGCCACUGAGACCCCUGUCAGAAAUUCUGGAGAGGAUGAAGAGGACGAAGAGCUUCCUGUACCUCCCAAAACCCUCUGGGACCUGGCAAAAGGUUACGGGCCAGCACUGAGACCGCACAUACUUUAUAUACUCGUAGCCUUCAUCGGCUCUGUCUGCGUUGGUGGUGCGUUCUCUGGUGAAGCAGUCAUCUUCGGUAACACUGUCGGCAGUCUGAACCCUUGCCACAGUCCCAGCAGAAUCCGCAAUCGUGGUAAUUUCUACGGUCUCAUGUUCUUCAUCCUUGGCAUCAUCGAGUUCUUUGCCAACUUGGUCAGUUGGACUGGUUUCGGUUGGGUUUCGGAGAAGGUCGUAUACACUGUCAGAGUCUUGUCGUUCAGAUCGUUGUUCGAACAAGAUUUACAAUGGCAUCAGUCAGAGGGUCGUACACCUGCCCUGCUUCUCUCGUACAUCACCAGAGAUGGUAACGCUUUGGCUGGCUUCAGUGGUUCUGUCGUCGGCACUCUGUUUUCUAUCACGGUCAAUCUCAUCGCUGCCAUCAUCCUCACUCACAUAAUUGCCUGGAGAAUCGCCUUGGUGUGCUUGUCUCUUGUACCGCUACUCCUCGGAGCCGGUCUCAUGGAGCUCCGUAUCUUGGGCAAGUUUGAAGAAAAGCACGAGACUGCCUACACCAAGUCAGUCGACAUCGGUGUUGAAGCUAUUACCUCAAUCAAGACUAUUGCUUCUUUCUCGCUCGAAGAAGAGAUUCUGCGAACGUACAGACGAUCUCUCAAGGGACCUCGUAAGGACACUCUCAGCGUCACCCUGCAGGCCAGUCUUUGCCAGGCUAUCACCUACUUCCUUGGUAAUUGUGUCAAUGCACUUGCCUACUGGUGGGGCUCCAAGCAGAUCUUGAACGGCAACUACACUCAAACACAGUUCCUGAUUGUCGUCUUCUCGCUCCUUGUUGGAGCGCUACUGUGGUCACAAAUGUUCGCUCUGGCGCCUGAGAUCUCUGCUGCACGCAACGCGAUGGCUAGAAUCUUGAGCUUGAUCCAGAUCGGCAAGGACAAGAUGGCCGGCAAUGUUCGUCCUAUUGACAUGUCGUUGGAGGACAACAAUGUCGAAGCUAUGGCUGAGACGAAGACCUCGCAUCUGACAAACAACAAGGCUUCCAGCGUUGAGAUGCGAGAUGUUCACUUCUGUUACCCGGCACGACCGGAUAUUAAGGUCAUGAAUGGACUCAAUAUCCACAUCAAGCCUGGUCAGUUCGCUGCUCUCGUUGGCCCAAGUGGUGCUGGCAAGUCGACUGUCGUCUCUCUGGUUGAGCGUCUUUACGUACCUCAGUCAGGCUCGGUGCUUAUCGAUGGUCUCGAUGUGACAAAGACUCGCGACACUUCCUUCCGCGACAGUAUUGCUCUGGUGCCUCAAGAGAGCGUGUUGUUCGAAGGAAGCGUAGAGUUCAACAUCGGCCUGGGUGCCCGUCCUGGUCACACCGUCAGCAAGGAAGAGAUCAUUGAGGCUUGCAAGCUCGCCAACGUACACGAGGUCAUUGCGGCCCUACCAGAGGGCUACGACACUCUCUGCGGACCCAACGGCAGUCAAUUCUCCGGCGGUCAAAAGCAACGGUUGUCCAUCGCCCGCGCUUUGGUCAGAAACCCGAAGCUUCUCAUUCUCGAUGAGAGUACAAGUGCUCUAGACGCUGAGAGCGAGAGGCUGUUGCAGGAGGGCUUGGACAAGACGAAGGCUAAAGGCAUUACGGUAAUUGCUAUCGCGCAUCGUCUGCACACAAUCAAAAAGGCAAAUGUGAUCUUCUUGAUUGAGGCAGGAAGAUGUGUCGACAGCGGUUCUCAUGAAGAGCUGUUGGAGAGAAGUCUGGACUACCGCGAGUCGGUGAUGCAUCAGACAGUGGCGACGGAUUAG